GCUCAUGGGAAUUACUUUUAAAUUUCUUCCCCUUUUAGUGUGUGUUCAUUGUUCAAGCUUUCAGAAAGGAUAAGCAUAUACUGACCCCACAUCCUAGCUAUAGCUAGCAAACUACAUUAGUGGUUAAAGCAGCACAUCUGCAUGAUAAUUAUCUACAAUAGAUAGUUCUUGAAGAUGGGUGACUAUCCCUUGCAGAUUAUCAUUGAUGGAACCCCACCUCUCGACGCAAACACUCUGAAGAAAGCAGUGAUCAGAAAAUUGGGCUCUUCAGGAAGUUUUAGCUCCAAUACGUUUCCCAUUCGAAACCUUGCCUACCAGACUAUUAGUGGCAACCUGACAUGCUCGGGAGAUUCAAAUACAAACAAGCCAUGUUUGAAUGUAACUGUCACUAUCUUCAACGUUGGAAGUCUUGACGUACCAGAGAUUGUGAAAGAAGCUUUGCACUUAAUACAGAGGGGUCUAGAAUCUUGUAUACCUGAUUAUGCGGUAAUUGUGAACCCAAAGUUUGAUCCAAGCUAUGCGGCGCUAACAAUACUACGAAAAAUCGAGGAGAUCAAACUUGAAAACUUUGAGAAAGUGAAAGAGGAGCUAUAUCGAGAGUUAGGAGUGCCUGCUGGUGGAUCUUUGCAGCUCAAAUCAAAGCUAUGAUCGAUUGAGAUGUCUACCAAGAACUAUGAUAGCUAGCAGCGGAGAACACAAGUAUUACUAUUCUGUUUAUGUAAUUUUUGUAUGGGUAUAUAUUAUUAUUAUAAUUUUUAUAUAGAGACAAUUAAAAUACAUUAUAGUGCUAGGGUGUG